AGGUCUCUUGGUGAGAGUGAAGGUAGUCUUGAAGGCUGCUUUCAGUGGCUCUGAUGAGUGCCAGUCUCCAGAAGAGUGCCACUGAAGGACAGCAGUGUUUGGAACUGGUGACCACAAAGCUGGUCUGAAUUUUCCCUGUUGAAGCAGCAUUGCCCCGCUCAGUGAGCAGCGGGAACAGAGGGAGAGCCCUUGCCCGGCUCCCGCUAUGCUCACACAGCAGGCUUCAAGCAGCCUUUGGACACAGGCGGUGGCCGGCGCAGGAUCCCAUCGCCCGCUGCAGCGUCGCACCUCUUGUGCACGCAGACGGCUGCAGCAGGGGUUCUGAAGAUGGCUGAAGAACAAAACCAGCCCUUCGGCCGGAGAGGAUGCUCCUGAGCACGGAGAGAAGUGUUCCUGAGAGACGAGCGACAGUCACCGCUCCGAGGGAAAUGCUCUGAGCUGGUCUCUGGGAGCCCUGCGGAUCUCGGCUGCAGCCUCCCGCCGCGCAGGGGACAUCCUCACCCGUGUGCAGCAAAGCUGCCCUCGCUGCCAGCCCGCCUGGCUCUCACCUGCGCUCUGCUCCCGGCCGGACCUGCGCCUCGCUCCGCCCCGGCCAGGCCUCGCCCUGCCGCCUCUCCUGACCCUUCCCCUCGCUUCUCCGCUGCCGGCGCCUGCGUUGCGCUGGCUCCUCCCCGGCCCACCCGUGACCCGGCCGUGACGUGUGGCGGCAGCAGCAUGGCGGCGGCUGGACCCUCCUUCUGGCUGGGCAAGGAGACGUUGAAAGUGCCCGUGGCACUCUUUGCCUUGAACAGAAGCCGGCUGUGUGAUCGCCUGCGGCGCAACAAGGACGUCCAGAAGAGUUCACUUGUCCUGCUGCAGGGGGGAGAGGAAACCCAGAGAUACUGCACAGACACUGGCAUCGUCUUUCGCCAGGAAUCUUACUUUCACUGGACCUUUGGAGUCACUGAAGCAGGCUGCUUUGGAGCAGUAGAUGUUGAUACUGGAAGAUCCAUGCUCUUCGUUCCACAACUCCCUGAGAGCUAUGCAGUCUGGAUGGGAAAGAUUCACCCCCCUGAGUUCUUCAGGAAGAAGUAUGCUGUGGAUGAGGUGCACUACGUGACCGAGAUGUGCGGCGUCCUGGCGUCCAGGCAGCCUGCGGUGCUGCUCACCCUGCGUGGGGUCAACACUGACAGUGGCAAUGUCUCCAAAGAAGCUUCCUUCGAGGGCAUCAGCCAAUUCAAUGUGAACAACAAAAUCCUCCAUCCUGAGAUUGCAGAAUGUCGUGUGAUUAAGACAGACAUGGAGCUGGAAGUCCUACGCUACGCCAAUAAAAUCUCCAGUGAAGCUCAUAAAGAGGUAAUGAAGGCAGUAAAAGCAGGCAUGAAAGAAUAUGAGCUGGAGAGCCUGUUCCAGCACUACUGCUACGCUCGCGGGGGCAUGCGGCACACCUCCUACACUUGCAUCUGUGGCAGCGGGGAGAACUCCUCUGUGCUGCACUACGGCCAUGCUGGAGCCCCAAAUGACAGGACUAUUGAAGAUGGAGACCUGUGCCUGUUUGAUAUGGGAGGAGAGUAUUACUGCUAUGGCUCCGACAUCACCUGCACCUUCCCCGCCAACGGCAAGUUCACCGCUGCCCAGAGAGCCAUCUACGAGGCCGUGCUGAGGGCCUCGCGCGCCGUGAUGGCAGCAGUCAAGCCAGGGGUGGCCUGGCCUGAUAUGCACCGUCUGGCUGACAGAGUCCAUCUGGAGGAGCUGACUAAAAUUGGCAUCCUGAAAGGCAACGUGGAUGACAUGGUGAAGGUUCAUCUGGGUGCAAUAUUUAUGCCACACGGGCUCGGACAUCUACUUGGCAUCGAUGUGCACGACGUUGGAGGCUACCCAGAGGGCGUGGAGCGCAUCGACCUGCCGGGGCUGCGGAGCCUACGCACGGCGCGCAAGCUGGAGCCGGGCAUGGUGCUGACCAUCGAGCCGGGCAUCUACUUCAUCGACCCCCUGCUGGACCAGGCCCUGCGGGACCCUGCGCAGUCCUGCUUCAUCAACAGCGAGGUCCUGCAGCGCUUCAGAGGCUUUGGUGGGGUGCGGAUUGAGGAUGACAUCGUGGUGACAGCCAGCGGGAUGGAGCUGCUGACCUGUGUGCCACGCACCGUCCAGGAGAUUGAGGCUUUCAUGGCAGAAGGCCAGAGUGGAGCCAAGGCCUUUAGUGGCCCCUCCAGCUCCAAGCAGUAGCAACAGGGUGCUGCUUCUGCCCCACAGCCAGCAGGCACCGGCAACGACCCACGUCCAGCUGUGACUGGCAGAGGAGCAGCAGGCUGCCAGGCACGGUGAUCCCUUCCCCAGCAGUGAAGGUGGCAGGCUACAGCCCUUCAUAUCCAGGUAACCCAAGCGCUGCUGCUGCACUGCCAGGGGGCCUGGCACCUCUGUCAGAGCUCUGCUCAGACAGCUCGCAAUUUAAUCUGCACAUUGAUGAUUGGGACUCUAAAAUGGCAAAUGGAUUACCUGAGUGCUGGCAGCAUUUCUAACAGCCAAGCCCUUUCUUAAGCUUCAGCACAAGUACUGUCAACUCAGAGCAGAAAAAUCAGCUGCUCUGGGUGGGUGCAAGGACACUUCUCUUUUUCCUAUGGCUCUUAUCUCAGAGUCACUGGGGUAAACAGAAACAAAUUUGUAUUAAAAUUCCUCCUCAGCAUCA